UUUACUCACAGCACUGUUUGAUGGUGUUUCUGUGCGGUUGUGCUAUUCUUUCGCAUCCGAAAAGCAGCAACCGCGGCUGCAUGCCAAGACAGCUCCGAUCGGCCGCUUGUGAAGGCUCAAGCACCCAACUGCGCCCCUUCUGAAGACAUGGCCAAGCGCACGAAGAAGGUCGGAAUCACCGGCAAGUAUGGCACCCGCUAUGGUGCCUCGCUCAGGAAGAUCAUCAAGCGCUACGAGAUCCAGCAGCGCGCCCGCUACAUGUGCACCUUCUGCGGCAAGGAGAACGUGAAGCGCGUGGCUGGCGGCAUUUGGAAGUGCAAAGCCAAGAGCUGCAACAGGAUCAUGGCGGGCGGCUGCUGGACCCUGACCACGGGCCCGGCGGCCACGGUGCGCGCGACCAUCGCGCGCCUCAGGAAGCAGCUGCAAGGCGGUGUGGACGACUAGAGCUUCCUUGUGAGAGGGCCUUCAUGCGCAGUUGGGACA